AAUUCCUUCGACUCGGCUCGCAACGUCUGCUCAGGUUUUUCGGCGACACUUCUUGAUAUUUCAAGUAACAGAUGGCUCGAAGUCGACGACGCGUUACACGUGCAGCAGCUCAGAAGUCACCAGAGCGCUCGCCAAGCUCGUCACAUUCAUCGUUGACUCCAAUGGAGGACGAACCAGAGCUCACGCUGGCGGAAUCCGCACCAACCAAGGCAGAUGAAGAUGUAUGCCCAUCAUGCAGAGAAGGCGUACAUGGAGAAAAGAACAGCUGGAUACGUUGUGAUGCUUGCAAGAUCUGGUUCCACUGGGCAUGUGUGGGAGACAGUAGUGACCUUGAGUUAAUUAACAAGUGGUUUUGUGGGCCAUGUAUGACAGAGAAGCCGUCGCGUGUGAUGACGCUUAAGGUACCUGCACGCAAGUCCUCACGGAAGCGUACACAAUUAGACUACGCGAGCCUCAACGCAGGAGUCGAUUCCGACCCGAGCAGAUGGCUACGAGUCAUUCAGAGCAAGCAGAUCAAGGACGACAAUUUCAGAAGAAUGAAGGGCGCCGACGUGGGCCUGGAAUGGUUGGAGAGCGACGAGACCGCGAUGCGUGAGCCAAUCGUGGUGGAGAAUCCGGAGGGACUUAGAAUGAAGAUGCCUCCACCCGAAUUCACAGUUCAAGACGUGGCAAAUGAAGUUGGUCACGAAACGCCUGUGGAGGUCAUUGAUGUCGCCACACAGUCAAACUCGCCUGGAUGGACGUUAGGGCGUUGGGCUGAGUACUAUAAUACAGAACCUUCAAAACGAGACAAGAUCCGUAACGUGAUAUCGUUGGAGAUUUCAGGGACGAAACUUGCAGACCAGGUGUUACCCCCAAGGUUGGUGAGAGAAUUGGACUGGGUCGAAAAGUUCUGGCCAAGCACACGCAAAGGGAAGGGACAUGCAUACCCAAAGGUGCAGUUGUAUUGUCUCAUGGGCGUUGCUUCGGCGUGGACAGAUUGGCACGUAGAUUUUGCUGGUUCGUCAGUCUAUUAUCAUAUACUUAGUGGAUGCAAGGUAUUCUACUUCAUACAACCCACACCAGCCAAUCUACAAGCGUACGAAAGAUGGUCCGGGACUGAGCUGCAAAGCAAUGUUUGGCUAGGCGACAUGGUGGAUGAGGUCGUGAAGGUCACUCUUCACACAGGUAAUACGAUGAUAAUACCAACCGGGUGGAUACAUGCUGUGCACACUCCUGUAGAUUCUCUAGUCUUCGGCGGAAAUUUCCUACACUCUUAUAACAUGGCAACGCAACUAAAAGUGAUAGACAUCGAGAAGGCAACGCAUGUGCCUAAGAAAUUCAGAUUUCCAUUAUUUGUCAAGCUCUGCUGGUACGUAGGCGACAAAUACUUGCGAGACCUGAAAUCGAAAGAAGAGUUUCCUCCCCGCGUUCUGGAAUCUCUUGAAGCUCUUGCUCGUUUUCUCGUGUCAGAGUCGCAAGCCAUGGAGCGCGGGACGGAGGUAGCAAAACGAGAAGCCAAGGAAAACGUCCCAAGUGAUCGCGUCAAGGACGCGCCAGCGAUGGCCCGUGAGCUGAGGUGGCGUGUGCGGCUCGCAGCAGGAACGACGAGUGACGACGAGGACCUCGGGCGCCCGAUCAAGAAGAACAUGGUGAAUGGUCACAAACGAAAGCGGUCGCCUGCUGGUGCAACCGUGGGCGUACAGUUCAGGAACUUCCAACCCCAAGGAUGGGAUGUGGUCAAUGAACUACCCCGGGAGUCAGGCGAACGGCUUGUGAAUGUUCACCCCCCAAAGACGGCGGACGGGUGGGAACGAGAAUGGACGGACUGGAGCAAAGAGUUUGAAGGUGAGAAUGAGGAGGAACAGGCGACUGUGGAGAAAACGAGAGAUGUGAUCAUCAAGGUCAGAAAGACCGAAGAUGGGGUGGAAAGGCAGCGGAUAGAACGGGUGAUGGAGAAGUGGGUUUGGAAAAAUGUGCCUUCGAAGCCAGAAGGAGACCCUCAAGAUGUUGAGAUGAAGCCUUUAGAAGACGAAAUUGUGGGAAGCGAGGAACUGACGAAGGAAGAGGAAGAGGGGGCUGAAGUUCCAGCCACGGUGCUGCUGGAAACAACUCAGGCGAUGGAGGUGACCGCAUAGCUAAUAGAAGCGCACUGUCUUGCAUGAUCUGAUCCAUUAUUACGAGUGUUAUGUUGUCGUGCACUUCUGAUUAGUUUUUUUGCUUCAUUUGCCCUGGGAAAUCUUAGUACUCGGACAACCUCGGUA